AUGGCAACGGCGACGCGCCUGUCGGCCGAGGCGGCCGGUAAUGGCGGCGGGGGCCGUGGCGGUGGCGGGGGAGACGUUCGGGAGGCCCCGGGAGGGGAUGGGGAAGGCCGGGGGAUACUAAAGAUUCCCCAAAGCACAGAAGUAUCAGAAGCAGCAGCUGUAGCAGAGGUAAUGAUUGUAGGCGAUGCAGUAGAGAAUACAGAAAUGAAGAAUCUCACUCUAACUAUUCUGAGGGCUUUGCCAGUGACUUGCUCUGAAACAGCUAGAAGCAGCAAAGGUUUUGAAGUAUCAGGAACUGAAGAGAAGAAAACACAGGAAAAGGAAAAAAAAAGGAAAAGGAAAAGAAGAAAAAAGGACACUUACUUUGGUCUGAAUGCAGGAGGAAAAAAAUUGCCAGCUGAGAAGGUACCACAUCAGAAUUCUUCAUUUUUAAGCCUGCAGAGUAGUACGAUUUCCCAGAAAAAAAAUGCAGUGGCUCAGCGAAUAUCAUCAGCAAGCCUUCACAAAAUUAAAGAGCUGAAGAAUGAAAUAUUUGAUUUACAACACAAAUUAGAAGCAUCAGGCUUAGAAAAUCAGUGUCGACACUUGAAAGCAAUAGGUAGAUAUGAAAAUCCAGAAAGUAACUUGCUGGAUCUUUUAGCAAUUCAUUAUAAUGAUGUGAGAUCUUUCAGGAAACUCCUGAGGAUGUCUCAGGAGGAUGAGAGAAAUACAUCCAGGAAGCUCAGAAAAGUUGAAGCAGAGCUGCUAAAAGCCAAAGAUGCUUUGCAGACCUUGCAUAUGCUUUCAGAAGACAAAGCUCUUGCAGAGAGAGAGGAACUUGAUCACUUAUUAUGAGUCCUUACAGAAAAAAUGGAAGUGAAUGAAAAGAGAAUACAGAGCCUAGAAAAGCAGCUGAAGGUGAACACUAGCACCUUUAGUCGUCAGCUGGCAAAUGAGAACAAAAAAGCUGUGGAAGCUAGGAUAAUUAUGAAGAACUUGCAAAUAUAAAUUAACUCUCUUCACCAAAAAAUUAAGGAAAAGGAUCGGCAGCUUUAUGUAAAAAAUAUCUAUGCAAAUCAGAUGCCUAAAAACCCAAAAGACAAAAGAGAUUCAGUACCUCAUGAAAAAAGUCUUAGUAUAAACAGAUCAGUACAAGUAGAUAAACAGAGUUUUAGAUCACUGCUGCUGUCCCAGUACCAAACUCAGGAAAAAGAAAAAGGUCCAAUUCAGCUAACAAAGGAGAAAAAGUCUUCCAAAGAUAAGAAUCAAAAAGCUAAAGCAAAUGAAGCAUACACAGAUGCCCAAUGUAGAACAGAAAAGCAAUCAACCCAGAAAAUACCAAAGCCAGAAACUUUUAAUAGAACAUCUAUUUUAAUCAUUGCAACUUCAUUCUUCUCCUUUAAGCUUGGACUCUUAUCUCAUUUUGGAGAGUAUUUAAGGGAGGGCAGACUACUGAUGGAAGAAUACACUUGCUUGGAAUUUAUAAAAGAAGAAAAAGAGACAGAUUUGCUUAAAGGGAGCUGAAAAAAACUGGUGAAAACUGAACAAACUCCUCUAAGUGACAGUGUAAAAGAGAACAAUAAAGAGGAAGAUACAGUGGAAGAACAUGAAAAAGAUGAAAAAAAGCCAGAUGAACCGCUAAAUAACAGUGAGAAGGCAGGGAGUAAAUGCGUAACUCCCAGUCCAAGAAACAAAAUACUCAUUAGGCGGAAAAAAGAAUACCUGUUCUCAGAAGCCACUGAGAAUUUGCAUCAUGGGCUUCCUACAUCAGGUACAAAAUCCAAGAAAGGCAGUCUUUGCAACCAUAGACAUGCAGGUCGGGACUGCAGUGUCACAGCCGAAUCAAAAGUCAAAAAUUCCUUUAGGCUAUAUGAACCAUCUUUUGGUGAAGUUACCAAAACAAGGCGGAAGGACAGCUCCACUGAAGCGGAAGGCUGCGCUUGUAUGACAGUUGCUGACAGGAGAAACAGCCUUAUGAAAGAACUCUUUGGACCAGGCUGUGUUUGAAGAGACAGCCAUUCAAGUUCUAACAUGAGAGGAAUGAAGAAAGAGAAGUGA